CAAUAACGACGACGAGGACCUGACCCCGGAGCAGAAGGCGGAGCGGGAGAAGGAGCGGCGGAUGGCCAACAACGCGCGGGAGCGCCUGCGCGUCCGCGACAUCAACGAGGCCUUCAAGGAGCUGGGCCGCAUGGUGCAGCUCCACCUGAAGAGCGACAAGCCCCAGACCAAGCUCCUGAUCCUGCACCAGGCCGUGGCCGUCAUCCUCAGCUUGGAGCAGCAAGUGCGAGCGUUUUGUCGCCUCCUUUCCACAGAAAGAAACCUGAACCCUAAAGCCGCCUGUCUGAAGAGGAGGGAAGAAGAGAAAGUGUCUUCGGAUCCGCCGCCGCUCUCCCUGGCCGGCCCCCACCCUGGCAUGGGAGACGCCUCCAAUCACAUGGGACAGAUGUAA